AUGACUGGUUUCUGGAUCUUAAUUUUAAUCUUCAUCACCAUGUAUACAAUCCAUCCUCAUAGAAGCUGGGUUACUGCACAAUCCCUCCAAGUGUCAGAAGCUGAUCAGCCUGAUAAAGAGCUCAGUGUGAAUAUUGGAGACUCAGCUACUCUGCGGUGUUGUGCUUCUAAAAAACAAACAAUAGUCUGGUAUAAACAGCCAAACAAAGAAAAACCUCAGAUUUUAGUCACAGUGUAUAAAGAUAAUAAAGAAACCUUUCACACUGGAUUCCAAAAGUCUAAUUUUCGGAUAGAAAGAUCUUCAAACUGCAUUAAUAUGAUCAUUUUAAACAUCAUUCAGUCUGAUGAAGCCAUGUACUACUGUGCAGUGAUGAGACCCAACCUUGUGUUUGGAGAUGGAACUUAUUUAAAAAUUAAAGGUAAGUAUGUUAAUAUUUCAUCAGAAACAUCUAAACCAGUUGUGAGUGAUAAUUCAGUGGUGUCUGAACCAACACUGCAUGGAAACAACACUAACAUGAACACACAAGACAAAACAGAAAACAUCAGAUCUGUGAUCGGUUUGGGAACGGCUUUGGGUUUGUGCUCACUUCUGAUUUUCUGUCUCACUUAUUACAUACUGAAGAAAAGAAAAUCUAAUACUUCUAUAGAAGAAUCUCCAGGAACAUGGCAGGAAUCUGAAGCUGAAUCACUGAAUUAUGCAGCUUUGCAAUUCUCCAAGAGGAAAGCCAAAGGUGAAAAAAAGAAAACCCUCUCAUCAGAGGAGUGUGUGUACUCCGAUGUGAAGAAAACUGCAAGAUAA